CCUUUUCUGGGAAAACAUGACUUCGGUUCUCCUACUACAGUAAGUAGUGACGGUUGAUGAUGUUGUGGCUGUCCACGCUCCCGAUAACACCCUGACAAGCGGUCCUCGGAGUCCAGGGAGGAGGGGGAGCUCGCCACGCAUGGAGUUGAGCUCGGAGCGUGUGCUGGCACCGCUGGAGAUGUCGCAGACGGCGAGCCAAGGUGGCGAGCCCGCUCCGGGCGACGGCGACUACGAGAGCUUACCGCCUCAUGUCUCGGUGACGACGCACAUGACAGCGGGCGCAGUGGCUGGAGUUCUGGAGCACACGGUCAUGUACCCCGUGGACUCCGUCAAGACAAGGAUGCAGAGCCUGCAGCCUGACCCCAAUGCUCGGUAUAGUGGCGUGUACGAAGCCCUGAGACGGAUCAUCCGCACAGAAGGUUUCCUCAGACCACUAAGGGGUCUUAACAUCACCAUGAUGGGCGCUGGUCCCGCCCACGCGCUCUAUUUUGCGUGCUACGAACGGGUGAAGCACUCCCUCAGUGACGUCAUUAAAAAUGGAGCCAACAGCCAUCUGGCUAACGGUGUUGCAGGCAGCGUGGCCACUGUCCUCCAUGAUGCGGUCAUGAACCCUGCCGAAGUGGUGAAGCAGAGGAUGCAAAUGUACAAGUCGCCCUAUCGUGGACUUUGGGACUGCGUUCGCACGGUGACACGCACGGAGGGCGCAAGUGCCUUCUACCGCAGCUACAGCACGCAGCUGACCAUGAACAUCCCCUUCCAGGCUGUUCACUUCAUCACCUACGAGACCAUGCAGGAGUGGCUAAACCCUCACAGACACUACCACCCCGGCACGCACAUUGUGUCCGGGGCCGCGGCCGGCGCCAUCUCGGCCGUCGUUACCACGCCUCUUGACGUGUGCAAGACGCUGCUCAACACACAAGAAAAUGUGGCGCUCAGCUCCAUGAACAUCAGCGGCCAUUUGUCGGGAAUGGCCAACACUUUCAGGACAGUGUACAAGCUCGGCGGAUUGGCGGCUUUCUUCAAAGGGGUGCAGGCUCGAGUAAUAUACCAGAUGCCCUCCACGGCCAUUGCCUGGUCCGUGUAUGAGUUCUUCAAGUACUUCCUGACCAAGCAGGAGGCGAGACAUGCUUCCUGGAACGUAAAGUGAACGUGGCUGCUCAGUGAUGUUUGAGGAAGUCGGCGAGCUGUGACACACCUUCUUGUUACUGGACUGACGUCGGCACGUUUUUUUUUUCUUUUCACAAUGACGUCACUCAAGGGCAAAUGAAUCGAGGACAAAUUCACACAGUCGUCUUUCAACAUUCUUUCCUACACACAUAACCACAUUUUCUUAAAUGAUGUUUAGAGUUCUUACUAUUUAUUUAUUUGUGUGACUUGUAUUUUACUGGGUGCAGAAGGAAGCAACACAUCGCUGCUUUAUUUGUUUUACUUCUGUGUAUUUAUAAGGAACAAGCAAACUCACCCUUUUUUCCACUCCCAACGGAAAAAUGAAUCUUCCAACUUCCAAGUGCCUCUUUUGCUCUUUAACAGAGCAAAUCUUUCCGUUUUUAAAGCAAUUUUUUCCAAUUUUCUUUUAUUUUUUUGACAUUUUUGCCAUUAAGGAUGGGCAUUUGACUUAAUUUCCUUGAUCCGCAAUGAUUUUUUUAAAUUGUAUUUUAACGCAAUUUAUGAAAGAUUUUCUCUGAAUGUUCUGAACUCCUGUUUCCAUGGCAGCGCCGUAUUGAGCUGAAUAGAUCUGUGUAGAUGUACUGUAGCUCAACUUCCCAUCGCUGACAUCCCGUUAGGCUGUACAUUAAACAGCAAACUAGCCUUGACUGAAUCAACAGCGCACCUGCUGGUUGCACUCAAAUAUUACGUUACAUUUUGCCACCGAUCUUUCAUGAUAGGCGGAACGAUGUAAUUGUGGUUAGCGCAUCUGCCUCACAGUUCUGAGGUUUGUGUUUUGAACUCCGGCUUUCUCCCACAUUCCAAAAACAGGCAAGUUAGGUUAAUUGCAGACUAAAUUCUCCAUAGGUGCCGUGUUGGGAAAGUUUAUUUUCUACACAAACUAGUUCAAAGUUCAGUUCUUUAAUUUUAAAAUGAACUAGUUCAGUUAAUAGUUUAUCAUUCAAAAAUCUAAAAUAAGUUUACUGUUAAAAAAAAUGAACUAGUUCAUAAUUCUUUUUUUUUUUUUUUAUUUCCUCGUUAUGUUGGUGACGGGCUAUUUCUCAUCUAAAUCCAGGCAUUUCCCCAUUGUUGCCACCCUUCCGAUCCACACUAGUAGCCAGCUGCAGCUUUCACCCUACAGGUCCUGAAACUUGUUGCUUGAAUGGUCUUUUUUUUUUUUAAAUGAAGAAUUAAAACAAAAGUAGGACUAUAGUCUUUAAUAUGCAAACACCCUACACAGUAUGACAGGGACGAUGAUGAAAGUUGCAUUCAGUCUCCGACAUUGUUCACUUUGCACUCGUUCAGGUACAGCACUGCAUAGGUGUGAAUGGUUGUUUGUCUACAUGUGCCCUGCGAUUGGCUGGCAACCAAUCCAAGUUGUACAGUGCUGUGAAAAAGUAUUAGCGCCCAUUUUCAAAUUAUGUUUUUGCAUAAUUUCCCCACUUUGUUUAAGAUCAUCAAACAAAUGUAAAUAUCAGACAGAUAGAUAACCCAAGUGAAUUUAAAAUGCUGUUAUUAGAUGAUUUCAUUUAUUAAGGAAAAAAAAAAGUGAUUCAAAGUUACCUGCCCCUGUGUGAAAAAGUAAUUACCUCCCUUGUUAAAUCAUGAAUUAACUCUGGCUAAUCAUAAUUUUUGGUUAAUUUUCACUGAUCACACCGAAGCCUGAUUACCUGCAGACCUGUUCCAUCAAGAAAUCACUUAAACAGAAUCUUUCCUGACAAGAUCAAGUGAGACAAAAGAUCUAAAAAAGCUGCAACAAAAUGACACGAUCCAAAUAAAUUCCAGAACAGUCAAGAAAUAAAGUAAUUGACAUCUGUCAGUCUGGAAAGGGUUACAAAAGCCGUUUCUCAAGCUUUAGGAUUCCACCGAACCAUAGGGAGAGCCAUUAUCCUCACAUGGAGAAAACAUGGAACAGUGGUGAACCUUCCCAGGAGUUACCCCAAGAGAACAGCAAUGACUCAUCCAGGAGGCCACAAAGGAACUCAGGACAAACAACAUAAAGGCUCAUUUUGAUUUUGCAAAAAAACUUCUCACUUUUGGGAGAGUAUUAUAUGGACUGACAAGCUGAAAGUUGACCUUUUUGAAAGGUGUGUCUCGUUACAUCUGGCUAAAUGUAGCACAUCAUUUCAGAAAAAGAACAUCAUACCAACAGUCAAACAUGGUUGUGGUAGUGUGAUGGUCUUGGGCUGCUUUCUCCUUCAGCACCUGGACAACUUGCUGUGAUUGAUGGAACCAUGAAUUCUGCUGUUUAACAGAAAAUCUUGGAGAAUGCUGAGCCAUCAGUUUGUGACUUCAAGCUGAAGAGCGCUAGGGUUCUGCAGCAGGAUAAUGAUCCAAAAACGCACCAGCAAGUCAACUUCAGAAUGGCUUAAAAAACAAAAUGAAGGUUUUAGAGUGGCUUGGUCAAAGACCAGACUUGAGUCCGAUUGAAAUACAGUGGCAUGACCUUAAAAUCAUCCUCGAAAACCCUCCAUUAUUGCUGUAUUCAAACAAUUGUGUAAGGAAGAGUGGGCCAAAAUAUCUCCACACAAAUGUGAAAGACUCGUUGCCAGUGAUAGAAAAUGCUUGAUUUCAGUUGUUGCUGCUGAGGGAUGGCCCAACCAGUUAUUAGGUUUAAGGGGCCAUUACUUUUCCACACAGGGUCAGGUUAACUUUGAAUAGUUUUUUUCCCCCCCUUAAUAAAUGAAAUUACCAUUUAAAAAUAGAAUUUAAAGUUCACUUGGGUUAUAUUUUUCUGAUAUUUACAUUUGAAUGAUGAUCUUAAACAAAGUGGGGAACCUAUGCAAAAAUAUAAGAAUUUGAGAAGAGGGCCAAUACUUUUUCAUGACACUUUGUUCCACCUCUCCCCCAAAGUCGGCUAGGCUCCGUCACACCCGCAAAUCGAAUGAUAAAAAGGACGAAUUGAUGUACAAUUAGGACAUAUCAAGGAUUGAUUAAUCAACAGUCCCACUAAGUCCGUUCACAAUUCUUGAAGAUCAAUGAAUUGAUGGCCUGCCCAUCUCUAUUUGUCCCUAUAGCUGUUAAAUCACACACACUAUACAGAAGAGAGCCACUGCUGUUGUAGUGGUACAUUCCCCUGACUUUCGUGCGGGCAGUGUGGGUUCAGUUACCACUCAGUGACGGUGUGAAUGUGAGUGUGAAUGGUUGUUCAUGUCUAUCUGUGCCCUGCGACUGACUGGCGACCAGUUCAGGGUCUAUUCUGCCUUUCGCCCGGAGUCAGCUGGGAUAGCCUCCAGUGCUCCGCGACCCUGAAGAGGAUAAGCGGUAUUGAGAAUGGAUGUAUGGAUAUACAGUCCAGUAGACUCGACACGGGGCAGCUCUUGGAGGUCUGAACAUGGCUUGUCACAGACCUGAAUAACAGCCUUUGUGAUUGAACAUAAAUGUUCCAGAUUGUAUUGUAUAUCAAAUAUGAAAUAUAGAUUUUACUCAUAAUUUUUCACUCCAUUGCUAUUUUUAAGCCAUUCCUGCAUCUCUAAACAGAAAAAAAGCCACAUCGUAGUGUUUAUUUUGGUCAAUGUGUACAACCCACCAAAGACAUUGUAUCAAAUGGUAUUUUUUUAUGCAUCUGCUUUUUAACCCGAAGCCCUCCACCAAGUCCACUCCAUUAGCCCUCCUGACUCACAUCCAGACGCUUAUUUUUGUGUAUGUUUACAGUCACAUUGUGGUGACCACUCUGCAUGUCCCUUCCUGCUCAGCAUUGUUUCAAAAAUGGAUGGCAGCUUUUUUUUGCGCUCAAUAUCUACCCACCCGAAUAAUGGCAGUUGAAGAGGAACCGUUUUGUUUUUUGGGGUUUUAGUAUGUUUUGAUGUGUUUAAUGAUUGCAGUUUUUUUAUCAUUCAAUCUGUAUACACACUUUAUAUAAGCCAUAGUUGCGCUUGCAGAAUUUCCCAUGAGCAAAUGCGAAUUCUUUCUUUGAAAUUUAUAUAUGCAUUUGCGUCAUCUAUGUUUUGUGAGGUAAUCAUGUCUCCAAUCCAAGUGAAGAAAAUAUGCUCGCCAUCUCUCUGUAGGUCACUCUAGCGCUGCAUACACAGCACACAGUGCAGAAUAGUGAUGUGUGCUUGUGUGGGUACAUAUAUAUAUAUUUUUACAUGUAAAUAUGUUACGCUGUUUACGCACAAAUAACUGAAAUGGCGUUGGAAUGUUAGACCAUGCAUGCAAGUAAUCAUUGCGACAAUGCUGCUACAGCAUGUAACACUGGAGCUGAAAUAAACAAGUGAGAUAUGA